AUGGUUAAAGAAUCCAAAGGUGAAGCAACAGCAGCACUUCAAGAGAUAUUGAAGGAUGGCUAUACGCAAGUGGUCACAGACAAUGGUAAAGAAUUUAAGAGUCAUGAUAUGAAGGCAUUUUGCAUCAAGACUUCCAUCAUCCAUCGUCGUCCACCUGCGUACUCUAGUGAUUUGAAUAGCUUUAUAGAGCGAUACAAUUUGGUGAUCAAACAGACGUCUAUAAAAAAGCGGUAUAUAGUUUACGCCAAUCCCCAAGGAUUUAGUACUGCCAUUUCAAAGAUAUCGUCACCAAUGAAUUGA